AUGGUGAACAAAACAUAUCCCAAAAUCAAAGGCUGCUACGAAUGCUCCCAGCGUCGUGUCAGCUGUGACAGAAACCAACCCACCUGCCACAAGUGUGCACACAGAGGCCUGAAAUGCAGUGGCUUGGGACUCCGCUACCGGUUCGAGGCCGACGUGGGUGCCCGGGGCAAGCGUGUGGAGAAGACCCUGGCUGCCUGUAUGGACGCAAGUCCUGAAGCCACUCCUCAUUGCCAGGCUUCAGAAUCCUCCAUCACCAAUCUCGCUGUCAUCGAACUUAUUCCGCCGUGGAAAGAAUUCCUACUCUCCUACUUCUCGAGUACCAUUGCGCCGCAGAUGCUAGCCAUUGACGACGCCUCCAACGAGUGGCGUCAUCUUGUCCUAUCAGUAUCCCUUGCUGACGACGUUGUCAAUAGCGCCGUCCUUGCCGCUGCGGCAUGCCACGCAUCGCUCAAGUCAGCGAGUAUACGCCCAGUGGCUCAGGAGUCAUACGUGAUGGCUAUAUGCGGCCUACAGAGGAGGCGAGAUCUGCACACUCUCAAUCCGUUCGUCAACUGCUACAAUGUCCUAACAAUCCUUGUCCUCCUGGUCGCAGCGAUGGCGACCGGUGAGGCGGACUUCCCUCCUCUGUUCAGAAUGCUCAAGUCUGCCGUGAUGUUGAUGGGUGAAGACGGUCUCUUGGGAACGGGCGACCUGGGACGGUUCUUGCUACGCCAGAUUCAAAAAUUCAGCGUCUAUGCAGAGCCCCUCCUCAGCGAGCAAUCCGGCAUCGAGACCGUCUGGGCUCGCACUCAAGCAGGGUUCGAAUGCCUGCAGCGAUGUUCGGCUCUGCAUCCCGAGCACGCCCCGAGCCUGCACAACGUGCGAAGCCAAAUCGAACAGGCCUACACCAUUUACCUACAUCGCGCCCUUGGUAAUCAGAGUCAUCCCUCAUCGUCGAUUGAGCGCGUAGAGCAAUUUCGACAAACAGUCGAGGCAUACCCCAUCGGCUGCCCCGGCGAGCAUGUUCUCGUGUGGGCCACAUUUAUCGUCGCCGCCGAGAGCACCUAUACAACCGUCGAGCACCGGGCGUUCUUUGCACGCCGCAUGCAAUAUCUCCAUCAAAUCAAUGGGUUUGGCAAUAUUCCCAAAGCGAUCCGGCUUCUGGAGAGGAUCUGGAAAGAUCCGGCUGGGAUGCGGUGGACGAGCGUCAUUGCUGAAGCCCAGAUAUUCAUCAUGUAG